CCCCAUUUUCCCUUUUGCCCCUCAUCGUUGCCCAGCUCCCCGCGUUGGGGGCGUGGGCUGCCACCCUGCCCUGGGGGCUGUCUUCCCUUGUGCUUGUGAAGAGCUGGACUCGGGGCCCAGGCCCUGCACCCCCCGGGCAUCGCACAGUGUCUGUGCAGGCGGGACUACGAAGCGCUUUCUGUGUGUCGGGCAAGCACCGGGAUCUCUGUCUCCUUGGGGCGCGGGGGCUCGUGGGGGCCUCGCCUCCCCGGGCCUCGCCGCGACGGCGGAGCAGCAUGGCGCGGAUGAACCGGCCGGCCCCCGUGGAGGUGAGCUACAAGAGCAUGCGCUUCCUGAUCACGCACAACCCCACCGACGCCACCCUCAGCACCUUCAUCCAGGACCUGAAGAAGUACGGGGCCACCACUGUGGUGCGAGUGUGUGACGUGACCUACGACAAGGCCCCUCUGGAGAAGGACGGCAUCACUGUCGUGGACUGGCCCUUUGAUGACGGGGCACCCCCGCCCGGGAAGGUGGUGGAGGACUGGCUGAGCCUGCUGAGGGCCAAGUUCUGCGAUGACCCUGGCAGCUGUGUGGCCGUUCACUGUGUCGCCGGCCUGGGACGGGCCCCAGUGCUUGUGGCGCUGGCUCUCAUCGAGAGCGGGAUGAAGUAUGAAGACGCCAUCCAGUUCAUCCGACAGAAGCGGCGUGGAGCCAUCAACAGCAAGCAGCUCACCUACCUGGAGAAAUACCGGCCCAGGCAGAGGCUGCGGUUCAAGGAGCCGCACGCGCACAGGACCAGGUGUUGCGUCAUGUAGCCCGGGGCCUCCGGGGCCUCCGAGCAGACCGCGGCCACCGCCUCGCUGCCGCCCGCUCGCCUUCUCUCCGGGCCCUCGGCCCCUCGGCACCCCUGUCCGCGGCUCAGGCUCGCCCUGUGCUGGCUCCUUCCUCUGUUUGUGCCGUG